GAGGUACGGCGUGACAAUGAGCACUGAAGGACACACACUAUAAAUACACAGAUAGGAACACAGGGGAACGAGAAACAGCUGGAAUCAAUUGGGCAAAACCAGACCAGCACAGUGAGAAGAGGUUUAAAAAGGUGUUCCAGGACAGCAUUCACUGCAAGCUGAAUGAGAACAAUGGCUCAUUUGAAGCAUCUUCUUCUCCUUCUGUGGGUUGGUGUCACGGUGAGCUCAGUGGUUAAUUUGCACAAGAGAAUCUUUAAUGGUUCUACAUGUGAAAAGGAAGAGCGUCACUAUCAUGUGAAAUUAAUUGGAAAGAAUAAGAAAGGCAGUUACCUCUGUGGUGGCUCACUGAUCCAUAAAAACUGGGUUUUGACUGCAGCUCACUGUGGAGGAGAUGGAAGUACUAUUGAAGCAUUUUUAGGAAUUCAUCAAGGGCCAGUGAAGGUGGUGAAGGUCAAAACUCAAAAUAUCUUUUACACAAAGAUCUUGAAGUUUAUUGAAUCAAAGAAGGACAUCAUGCUACUGAAACUUGACACCCCAUCUGAUAUCACGCCUGUAGACUUACCUGACUGUGCAAAUCCUCCUGAACUGAAGGAAACUGUUAGGGUAGCAGGCUAUGGUGAAUAUACGCUGGAUAAAAAGACUGGGAAGACAACUGCUGAUAUACCAGCUACUCUCCAAUGUGCGAAUAUGCAUGUAGACAAAUGUGCGUGUCCCAUAGACUCUUUUUGUUUUUUCUGGCCAUCAUCAAGCAGGAUGUGUCUCAGAGAACCUAACGUGGACGUAUGUUCGGGUGAUUCUGGUGGUGGAGUGAUAUACAAUAACAAGAUUUAUGGUGUAAUCGUUGGUGGUGAUGAACGUGUCUGUAGAGCACCAGCUAUUGCCCUGAAGGUGUGCUCCUACAUUGACUGGAUACAUAAGACAAUUCAAACCUAACCCUAAAUAAAGAAUCUGAAUAAACAAUCAGUUC